UGCCAACUGACUUCGGUCAUCCACACUCUUUUCAAACCAACUACCCCACGCUCUUUCAGCAACCAAACCCUCAACCCUCAACCCUCGACUCAAAUCGAACUUCCUUGACGGAAUCUUUCUUCAAAAACCAACCAUCACAACCGGCAAAAUGCGUUUCUCCUUGGCUACUCUUGCUCUCUUCGCUGGUGCCUCCAUGGCCCAGAUCACCGUCACCAGCGUCGACGUCGAGACCAUCACCUCCUGCGCUCCCACCGUGACCAACUGCCCUGCUCGCUCGACCUCUGUCGCUCCUGCUCCUCCCGUUGUCACCCCUAGCUCUGUGGCCCCUGUCUCCGAGACUCUCCCCGCUCCCGCUUCCUCCAAGCCUGCCACUUCUGCUCCAGUUGUGCCUGCUGGCCCCAGCACCACUCUCGUCCCCGUGGCUCCUUACCCCUCGGGAUCUGUGUCCACCUCUGUCAUCACCGUGACCACCUGCGUUCCCACCACCAGCUUGUCCACCAUCACUUUCUCCGCCGCUCCUACGCCUGUGGUCCCUGCUGGAACCGGCUCUCCCAAGCCUGUGUCUUCCGGCGGUGUUGUCCCUGGACACUCCACUACCCCCGCCUCUCCUAAGUUCACUGGUGCUGCCAACGCUGUCAGCGGUUCCUUCAUGAUGGCCGGUGCCGCCGCCGUCGCCGCCGUCUUCUUGGCUUAAAUCAUCUCGUGACGAGUUAGCACGACAGGCUGGUGGAUUAGAGGAUCGGAGAAUUCAUGGUCUGGACAGUUACGUGAUGUUACUAGUUUGAGCGCAAUCUUAUUCUUUGAGGACCUUUUUGAAACUCCUUUUUUUUGACCUUCGGAAUAUACCUUUUCUGGGACUUGACGGAUAGAGAGUUAUAAUGUGUGUGUGUUUCUUCCGUUUUUUCACUUGUACAUUUUUGAAGAAUCCAGUCAACGAACCAUUUUACUUCUAUCCGGAUAUCUCGAUCAAUUAACUUUUUUUACACCUG